AUGGCGCACUCCAGCAUCGCCGCGUUCGUGGCCGCCUUCGCCGCUGGCCUGGUGGUCUGCCAGCUGGGCAACGCCUUCGUGGCGCCGCCUCUCGGCCAGCGUGGGCUUGAUGGCCAUAUGGAGCCGACCACGGUGUCCGCGGCGCCUGGCGCGGCGCCCGCCUCUCAGUCGGCGGCGCCCGUCGGAGUCGGCCUGACAAUGAUCGGGGCGUCCGUGGCCCUCGCCCUGCUCACCAGGGGUGCGCUGUCCAACGCCGCCCGGAAGGCGCGACCGCAGGGCCCCGCGCAGCACAGAGUAGUGAUGGCGGCGUUCGAGAGCGAGCUGGGCGUGCAGGACCCCGUGGGCUUUUGGGACCCUGCCGGGUUCACAGCGGAUGGUAGCACGGCGAAUUUCGCCAGGAGGCGCCAGACAGAGCUCAAGCACGGCCGCGUGAGCAUGCUGGCGACGAUGGGUUACAUCACGCCCGAGAUCACCGGCAAGCUGCCCGGCUACUUGUCGCCUUCGGCUGGCCUGAAGUUCGCGGACAUCCCGAACGGGCUCGGGGCGAUCUCCAAGGUUCCCGCGGCGGGCUGGGCGCAGAUCGUGGCGUACGGCGCGUUCUGCGAGCUGUCCCAGGACCAGUCCGCUGGCACCGCUGCCGCGGCGGGUGACUUCGGCUUCAAGGUGCUGACGUCCAGCGACGCUGGGGAGAAGCAGAAGAAGUUGGCGGCUGAGAUCGCCAACGGUCGCCUUGCCAUGAUGGCUAUCAUCGGAAUGUUUUUCCAGGACGGCUUGACCGGCUCCGCGUGGGGCGACUGGGCGCUCUACACUGGAUCCCCGCUGCGCGCGUUCGAGAGCGAGCUGGGCGUGCAGGACCCCGUGGGCUUCUGGGACCCUGCUGGGUUCACAGCGGAUGGUAGCACGGAGAAUUUCGCCAGGAGGCGCCAGACAGAGCUCAAGCACGGCCGCGUGAGCAUGCUGGCGACGAUGGGUUACAUCACGCCCGAGAUCACCCGGCAAGCUGCCCGGCUACUUGUCGCCUUCGGCUGGCCUGAAGUUCGUGGACAUCCCGAACGGGCUCGGGGCGAUCUCCAAGGUUCCCGCGGCGGGCUGGGCGCAGAUCGUGGCGUACGGCGCGUUCUGCGAGCUGUCCCAGGACCAGUCCGCUGGCACCGCUGCCGCCGCAGGCGACUUCGGCUUCAAGGUGCUGACGUCCAGUGA